AUGCUAUCCAACUCGCACGAUGACAUUCCCCAGAUUGCAGGAGGUGAUUGGAAUAGCUGGAGUCUGCGCGACCAAUUCAAUGCGCCCGUGUGCACAACGUGGCCAUCGCUGUGCGCCAUGUUUGAUCCCUUGGACAUGGUUGACGCAUAUCGGCACCAGCACCCCUUUGGACAAGUUCACACUCACUUCAAUUGGGUCAACAACGUAGUCACCUCGUCCAGGAGGCUUGACAGCGUCUGGAUACUGCGGAAACUCAUCACAAAUGGAAGCGUCACCGACACGGGCUUUGUGGCUGCACUGUCCAACCACCACCUUGCAUCGGUCACGCUCAAGUCUUCUCCAACGUCCUCACAUUGCAGAGGGCCAGGCACCUGGCACGUUCAACGCGGCAUCUGGGAGGACCCGCGAGCACAAAGACAGCUCGAAGACUGGGCCGAAGAGGUGGGCCCCGGUCUCGCUCCGCAGAUCCAAGGCGGUCAAGGUGCAGUCAGAGAAUGGUUCGCCUUCAAGGAGCGUCUGCGAACGGUGCUGGAAAGCAUUGCAGCACCCAUUGGGAAGCGGCAACGCGCCUUGCGGGACCAGGUGGCGGACUUGUCACAUAAUUUGCACUUGCUGGACCUAGCACACUCAAGGAACGAUCGCGCCCGGCUCCCCUCUGUUCUCAAGUGGCUCACGGCUGCACAGAAAGCAGAAGCGGCUGCCAGCACAAUACAAGCGCGGACUCAACUGGCCACAGAGGCGAUCCGACCGUCCUCCUGGCUUGCCGCUGUUAAUGCAUCCGCCUCGUUCACUGCAAUGCCAGACCUCAAGGACAGCAAGGGCGUGGCCAUCACACCGCAGGCGAAAGUGCAAGUCGUUAAACGGCAUUACGACAAUGUCUACCAGCUUGCCGUCAGCACGCCGGCCCAGGCCACCGCUCAGGAGCUCUUAUUUCGCGCUAUCCCCCCACGCUGCAGGCUCUCAGAAGCAGAGCGAGAUUGGAUGGGCCGGCUGGCUGACAAUUAUGAGGUUCGACGCGCUAUUCAACGCAUGUCUACGUCGUCUGCGCCCGGACUGGAUGGUCUCACCUUACAGGCAUAUCUGGCCUCAGACACCGCUGCUGUUCCACGGCUGCGCAGGCUCAUCAAUGCGCUCCUCUCUGGUGCACAGCUGCCUGACGGCGAGCCAAAGCUCAAAGGCGUGGCUCUUCCAAAGAAGGGCGACUUGUCGAUGAUGAGCAACUAUCGACCCUUGUCCAUUGCAAACCUUGACAUUCGUAUAGUAAGCAAGGUCCUGGCCGAGAGGCUGCAGAGGGUCACGCCAAAAAUCAUCACCUGGAACCAGGCAGGCUUCAUCCGCAACCAAGGCACGCAGGACAUUGGCAUCUUACUCCAAGGUCUGGCUGACUUCCUCAGGAUGAAACCAAGGGCCAGGCCAAAGAUGCCCGAUCGAGCCUGGGACAGCAAAUACCCCCAGAACCCCGAGAGGACAACGCAAAAACCAUCGUCGUAUUAUGUGCUGCUCCAACUUGAUUUCAUGAAGGCGUACGACAGGGUCCUGCGGGACUACCUGGUCUCUGUGUUUGCAGAACACCACUUUCCUCCCGAGUACAUCAACAUUGCAAAGUCGCUCCUGCUCAAUGCCACCGUCCGCUACAUGGUUGAGGGCUACCUUACGCCCAGCAUUCGCCUCCAUGUAGGCGUGCUGCAAGGAGCGGCCGAUUCGUGCAUCACCUUUGAGAUAUCACUUCAACCGCUCUUGCACCUGCUGGAAGCGGAAGGUCUAGGGGUUCGCCUGCCGCACGUUGCUGGAAAGGUGUGCUGCGUCGCAUUUGCGGACGAUGUGGGAGUGCUCAUUGAGGUGGAGACUCGCAGACAAUGGGACACGCUGCAGAGAUCACUCGGCAUCUAUUGCACAGCCUCCAACGCAGCACUCAACGUGAAGAAAUGCGGCUUCUUUUGCAUGCACAAUUCGUCCAAGGGUCCACCGCAUAUCCCGGACUUUCUGCGGCACUUGGGCUACCAAAACCUUGGAGUCGAGCUCCUGCAUCUUGGACAUCCGAUCUCGCUAGCAGAGCCAUACUGCAGGGACAUGAUGGACACAAGAGUGGCUGGCAUUCAGAAACACCUGGCGGCUCUCCGGCAGGUUCACACUUCGCUGCACACCAGAGUCCGCAUCGUCAACACGCUUGCGCUCGGCCGCCUCUGGCACACAUUCAGUCUGUGUGCCGUACCAAAGGGCUACACAAGAGCGGUCCGUGAGGCAAUCCUCUCGUUUCUGUGGAAGGGCAAACGUGCCUGGGUGAAGUGGGAGGUGAUGAUCACACCUCGCGCGCAGGGCGGCUUUGGACUCAUCGAUCCGUACUACAUGGCUCUGGCCUUCUCCGUUGCCAUCUUUGCAAAGCACGUCCUCAAGGAUACCCCAACUGGGACGUUUCUUCGAGAGGGCUUUCAUGCGUACCUUACCAACCAACACUAUGUAGGCUCGUCACCAGCUGCGCUCCUGAGCAGACGCGGGCGCUAGUGGAGAUGCAUCAAUUGGCCUGAUCGUGCACGAUCUGGAAUGUUUGGAAGAAUCCUCCGUGGCCUAGCCUUGAUUGGUGUCCAGGUAGACCCUGACAUUGACUGGACCAAGACGAGCGUUGAAGAUAUCCUGGCACUCCCUUGGUUCACGCCAGCACUCAACCUGGACACCACCAAGAAGCCACAAGCAUGGCCACCUCGACACGCAAAGGAGGACUCGCCCGACAUUCCUGUGCAGCCAAAUCAGCGCCCACAAACGCCGCAUUCUGAUGGUGACUCAUCUGCCAAAGAGCCAGAGACUGUCAAGCGCGCCAUCCCUCGGAACCACGUGUACAAGCGGCACCAUGAAGUUCUUGAGUUCUUUGGAUACUCUGUGAAGCACAUCUGGGCCAUGUUCCGCGACUCGAGCCUCACCAUUGCAGACAUUGUUUGGUACUCAGACUUCCGCGGGACAGCCCUUGCCAAUAACAGCACGCUGCCAUCGCUGCCCUUGGCGCCUCCAAAUGCGUCAGCCAUACUCCACCACUGGCCUAGUCGACGUGGCCGAAUCAUGCCACAAGGACUUUGA